AUGAGCCUGGGUUUAAGUGCCCUGGCGAGCUGGGGGACGACCCGAUCCCGUCUACAACUGGGAAGCAUCACCCUGGACACAGUGUGGGGAGUGUACUGGGAGCAUGGCAGCUCUGGGAUGCCAGCUAUGGAGGCUUCCACAGCUGCCAGGUGUGAGGAGGAGGACGAGGGUGGGAAGGUGGAAUUCGAGAAGCUGCCAGAUGCCAGAGGGAUAUCCCCGAAGAGCAUUGCACUGGGCCCUGAGGAACUCCGCAGCCCUGCAGGUGCGCCCACCGCUGAUGUGGCCUUCGAGGUCUCUGUGCCCCUGGCUCCAAGGAACAUUGUCUUGAGCAAUCCGAAGAAGAGGAAUGCGCUGUCACUUGCAAUGCUGAAAUCGCUCCAAAGUGACAUUCUCCAUGAAGCUGAAAGCAAAGAUCUGAAAGUCAUUAUAAUCUCAGCUGAGGGGCCAGUGUUUUCUUCUGGGCAUGAUUUAAAGGAACUGACAGAGGAGCAAGGACGUGAUUAUCAUGCUGAAAUAUUUCAAACCUGUUCUGAGGUCAUGAUGCUGAUCCGGAACCAUCCCGUCCCAGUCAUUGCCAUGGUCAAUGGCUUGGCCACAGCUGCCGGUUGUCAGCUGGUUGCCAGCUGUGACAUUGCCGUGGCGAGUGACAAGUCCUCUUUUGCCACUCCUGGGGUGAACAUCGGCCUCUUCUGUUCCACCCCUGGGGUUGCCUUGGGGAGAGCAGUGCCUAGAAAGGUUGCCUUAGAGAUGCUUUUUACUGGGGAGCCCAUUUCUGCCCAGGAGGCCUUGCUGCAUGGGCUGCUCAGCAAAGUCGUGCCGGAAGAGCAGCUGGAGGAAGAGACCAUGAGAAUAGCCAGAAAGAUCGCCUCCCUGAGCCGUCCUGUAGUGGCACUGGGUAAGGCCACCUUCUACAAGCAGCUGCCCCAGGACCUUAGAACAGCCUACUACCUCACCUCCCAGACCAUGGUGGACAACCUGGCCCUACCGGAUGGGCAGGAGGGGAUCAAGGCCUUCAUCCAGAAGAGGAAACCCAUCUGGUCACAUUGAGCCGGUAUUCAUGGAGAAGUGGAGGAGGAGGGGGUCCAGCAGGUGGCACUCAGGAAGCCCCCCACCCCUCACCUUUUGCUCCCCACCCACCACCACUGCCUCUGAUUGUAACAGAAGACAGCCUGCUUUUAUAAUAUUAGCACUGAUUGCACAACAUGUGGUCCAUGUUAAAAGCCAUGAUUCCAUAUGGAAAGGAUGAAAUGGAGAGUAAAUAAAAUGAUCAUUACAGUGCAAGGUUGGUGAGCGCCUGUGGUGGGCCAGCUGUGGUAGGAAGCCUGGUAUUUUACAUAUUCCUUCACUGCACCUUACACACGGGACCAUCCUGACAUAGGAGACGGUGACCAGCAACUGAGGCAUGAAAGAAGGAUGCCAACCCCUUAUCAGAGAUGUCCUCUAAGAUGGAGUUAAUUCUGGCUGCUCAAGAGAAGUGAAACAUUUAAAAUCUCCACGAGAUGUUCUCUACCCUGAAAAUCCUCUUGAUCCUAUUGAGAAAUAGUCAUGCCUAUGGCUUUGAAGUAAUCUUAUGUGAUUUAAAUAUGUUGAAUAUUUAUA